CACUUGAAAAAUCUCAAAAAACUCUUUCUCAGUUUGUGAUUAUUUCUUUUAACAAAUUUUAUGAUAAAAGAGAACAAUUUGUUCUUGAAUUAGUUAAAAUAUUCACUGAAACUGACAUACCUUUUGAAAAAAUACAACAUUUUCAAUCUUUCUUACAAGAACAUUGUAAAUAUGAUAAUGCA